GAUUUGAGGGAGCAGAGGUCCUCUGUCUCCCUGGACGGCUCAGACAUGACAACAGGGGAGUGUUGCCACCUGCCAGGCUCGCUGUGCGACUGCACCGGCAAUGCUGCCCUGUCCAAAACCGUGGAGGAGUCAGAUGAUCGCAGGGCGCAGUACGUCACACAGGUCACGGCUAAAGACGGACGCCUGCUCUCCACUGUCAUUAAAGCCCUGGGCACACAGAGUGAUGGUCCAAUUUGCUGGAUCUGUCAUAAGGUCCUUUCGCCAUGUGACUGCACUGGCACACUGGGUACAGUGCACAAGAGCUGCUUGGAGAAGUGGCUGUCUUCCUCCAACACCAGCUACUGCGAGCUGGGUCACACAGAGUUCACCAUCGAGCGCAGGCCGAGGCCUCUCACAGAGUGGCUUAAGGACCCUGGGCCGAGAAACGAGAAGCGCACACUGUUCUGUGACAUGGUGUGCUUCCUGUUCAUUACGCCCCUGGCAGCCAUAUCAGGCUGGCUGUGCCUGCGAGGGGCUCAGGACCACCUACACUUCAACAGUCGUCUGGAGGCAGUAGGCCUCAUCGCUCUUACCAUCGCUCUGUUCACCACACACAUUCUUUGUCCACAGGCAUUAUAUCGCUACCGCUAUCAGUUGUACUGCAGGUGGAGAUGAACCAAUCAGACAGUGCACCUGAUCAUUCCUGAUGCCAAGAUUGCCCAUUCUACCCAGUAUUCUUUGCACUCCACGAAGUUGCUGAAAAAAACAUCAGACAAGAUCAUCGUAUGA